GAGUCCUAUGGUUGAAACAGUGGCGCCACUUCUUAACACUACUUUACGCUGGUUUAAUUAAUUGUAAGAAGAACCGGAACAUGAACAAACGAAGGACAGAGCUUCCUGGACCAUUUCUGGCCACAAUGUCAUAACGCUCCUUGAUAAGUUUGAUAAUAACCAUGCUCUCCUUCUUUUUCUAAUCAGCAAUCCCUCUGUCACCUUGGCGCUCUUUCCAUACCUAGAAAUAACACCGUUCAUGUGACUGCAUGUGACUCAACAUCGGUUAAUUUUCGGACAAUGGUUACGAUCAGCUGAUGAACUGUCAAAUUUAAAGAGAACUGAAAGUUUCGGGGGAGCAAGCUUAUUGAAGCCGACUUAUAAACAGUUUUGAUUCGAGUGUACAAAUAUGCGUAAAUUAGUUUCAGCCCGCGUUCAUUGCUGGACAAUCAUAUGUUCUCGAAAGUAAUGCAAUUAUGAAAAUCGACCUUGCAUAAUAAAUGUUUCUUCAGUGAGGUUAUACGUUUUCGGAUCCCAAAGAUUGAUUAGAUUUACAAAAAAUAAAUACUGAUAAAUGUGAUAUCAUUGAGUAGAUUUUACGCGUCAUAAGUGUUAAGAGAGUGGAUAACGAGAAAGAUGAGCUUGUGAUAAUCUUACCGUAAGAUUACAAACAGUCGAUAACCAUGGCGAGACCAACAGUUUCAGCACAAUGUGAUUCUGUCGCAUCCUACAUGGAUGGUGUUCAUGUGAAAAUUGCAGAGGCCUAUAAGCCGCCUCGAAAAAUUGCCUUGCCAGUGGCUUACAAUAAUAAAUUACCAGACGUGUCGAAUUAUGUAUAUGACUUCAGUUUAGAACGAGUGGUCAUCGAAAAGAUGACAGAGUGGCGUAAGGCCAGACACACCAUGGCUCUUGCACGUCGCACCCGUCUCGAUGAAAAAAAGAAAAAUGAGGAAGCACCUUCUCCACCUCUCCCUGAAACGGUAACGCAAUCAUCGGUUAAGGUAGCCCCUGCUCCCGAAACAACAAUACUCACUCCGCAACCUCUAUCUCCAUCAGCCAAUGAUCUGCAAUAUAUAAACAUGUCAAACGGACUGGAUCUUGCAGACUUUGACAACGAUACUAGCAGUCCGUUUGACAACAUGGAAUUAAAGACAAUAAAUGACAUGGAGGAACUCGCCCAGGUUUUGCAGCCAACAUCUCAAUGGGUUCCCCCUACCAAGCUGGAGAAUAUACUCACUGAACUGACUAUUGAUCAAAAUGAAAGAAAACAAGAACAUACGAACAUCGAAGCUGAUGAAAAUACUGAAAACAACAAACAUGCCUCAAAUCAACCUAGUGUUCCUACUAUAGUGCAAGAACUUCAGAGGGAAUUGGCACGGCCAAUCAUGGAGAAUUGGAAGCCUUGGCCAGAGCUUGAGAGCCCCAGCUGUGAGGCAGAUGUGACUUCCCCAAAGUUUACUAAUUCCUCCCCGUCAACUCAUUCUACAUUAUCCAAUCCAUUAUCAGACCUCACCGAGGAUGAUCAGAAACUAGCUAUACACCUCAGUGAUAUGGGAUUUCCUUUGUCAAGAGCAGCGCGAGCAAUUCGUGACUUAGGUGGUCGGGACAAUAAGAAAGUAGUCGAGUACCUUUUGGCUGUUCAAUCUUUGGAAGAGUUGGGAAUGCUCGGCGAUGAUGCUGAGAAGGUAUUAGUAUUAACGGAUUACGAUCCAGAGAAAGCAAAGCUUUACUAUCAAAAUUUGCAGACAUUAAGAGACUUAGGAUUCCCAGAAGAACAAGUGUCUUCUGCGUUGUUAAAGUGUAACAUCGACAGGGAUCGAGCUCUCGAUUUAUUGAUUGCUUAGCUUUGCUGGAUCAAUAAUUAUAACUUCAUUGAAAUAAGACUUGCCUUCGAAACUGACUGAGAUAAGAUUAAUGUAUAUAUUCCAACCAGUCUGUCAGGCAUGAAUUUCAAUUUCACUGCUUUGGCUGGCAUUUAAUUCUACGCAGCUAUAACUAGGUAGUACCUAUUUUUCUGGAGGAAAUUUUUCAAGUCUCCAUUUGAGAUGGUUAAUAUUACUAGUUAAUGCGUAAUAGUACAAUUGCCUCAGUCGUGAUACAUUUAAUUAGUAUGAUGUAGGCUAAAACUACGCUAACUUACGUUAACUGUGAUUUAUCAAUCUGAGGAAUCGUCAAUUUUAAUUGGCUUCCUUAGUUUAAUCAGCAGUCAAAGAAUUGGUACACUCUACCCAUGUAAACCAAAAUGCUACCAGUAUUUUCGCAAUAGUUUUUAGGCCUAAAUUGUAACCUUAAUCCAUUUGCAUCUCCAAAACUCUUGUAUAUAAUAAAUUGCUUGAAAUGAGA